CUGUUGAAUGAAUUAACAACUGACAUCAAUACAAAUACCCUGCCAAGAUUUAUUUGCCUGCUGCCCUCGCACUCAUUGCUGCUGUGGUGUGUAUCAACCAGUUGAGAGUUGAUCUUUACUCUUCACAUUCAAAAUAUGGCGUGUAACGUCAGUCUUACGUCAAAGCUUUUCCAGAGGAUUGUGUCUCUUUCUCAGAGACAGUACUCCUCACAGGUAUUCCCUAAAAUUACUACCCAUUACACGGUUCACCCUCGUGAAUCAGAUCCACGAUGGAAGGAUAUCGACAUGGAGCGAGCUGUGGACGAAACAGAUGUUGUCAUUAUUGGAGGUGGUCCUGCUGGAAUGUCAGCUGCCAUCCGUCUUCGCCAACUUGCUGAAAAAGAGGGAAAAGAGUUGAGAGUGGUUGUUGUAGAAAAGGCUUCUGAAAUAGGUGGCCAUAUUUUGUCUGGAGCUUGUGUUGAUCCAAAAGCCCUUAACGAGUUGAUACCAGACUGGAAGGAGAAGGGAGCUCCACUAAACACACCUGUCACGAAGGAUCGAUUUGUUUACCUUACCGAGAAAGGCAGCAUUCCCCUUCCAGUCUUUCCAGGGAUGCCUAUGUAUAACCAUGGAAACUACGUAGUACGAUUAGGACAUGUUGUACAGUGGCUUGGAGAACAAGCUGAGGCUGCAGGAGUAGAGGUGUUCUCUGGCAUUGCAGCAUCAGAAGUGCUUUAUAAUGAAGAUGGAAGUGUGAAGGGCAUUGCUACUGGUGAUGUUGGAAUAGCCAAGGAUGGAUCUCCAAAGGAACAAUUUGAGCGGGGAAUGGAGCUUCAUGCCAAGUGCACUAUAUUUGCUGAAGGUUGUCAUGGACAUUUAACUAAACAACUUUCAAAGAAGUUGAACCUAAGAGAACACUGUGAAACUCAAACUUAUGGAAUUGGUAUUAAGGAGGUGUGGGAAAUUCCUGCAGAAAAACAUCAGCCUGGACUUGUGGAGCAUAGUAUUGGUUGGCCUCUGGACAAAUUCACAUAUGGAGGGUCAUUCCUUUAUCAUUUAAACGAACCUACACCCACUAUUGCUAUUGGCUUUGUUAUUGGUUUGGAUUACCAAAACCCAUACUUGAGUCCAUUUAAGGAGUUUCAGAGGUUCAAGCACCACCCUUCUAUUGCCAAGCAUCUCCAGGGUGGCAAAAGGAUUGCCUACGGUGCUAGAGCUUUGAAUGAAGGUGGGUACCAGAGUAUACCAAAGCUCUCAUUCCCUGGUGGUUGUCUCAUUGGGUGCACUGCGGGGUUCCUUAACGUACCGAAGAUAAAGGGUGUGCAUUAUGCCAUGAAGAGUGCGAUGCUGGCUGCAGAGGGUAUCUUUGAAAACCUUCAAGAGUCUGCAGAUGCUUCUUGUAUAUAUCCAAAGUCUUAUGAGGAGAAACUGAAGAGCAGUUGGGUCUACUCAGAACUUAAAGCAGUUCGUAAUAUUCGACCUGCCUUCCACAACCCACUAGGACUAUAUGGCGGUGUAGCUUAUGGUGCUUUUGCUACUCUAACCAAAGGAUUUGAACCCUGGACCUUUUCACAUGGCGACCCUGAUUCCAAACGCCUGAAACCAGCUAAAGAGUGUAAGCCCAUUGACUAUCCCAAGCCUGAUGGAGUCCUCAGCUUUGACUUGCUUUCUUCUGUGGCCCUUACUGGUACCAAUCAUGAAGGGGACCAACCUGCCCACCUGACUCUGAUGGAUGAUACUAUUCCUGUCAAGAACAAUCUAGGAGUUUAUGAUGGACCAGAAGGCCGCUUUUGCCCAGCAGGUGUCUAUGAGUAUGUUCCUUUGGAAAGUGGAGAUGGCCAACGAUUACAAAUCAAUGCUCAAAAUUGCAUACACUGCAAAACCUGUGAUAUCAAGGACCCAAGCCAAAAUAUCAACUGGGUUGUUCCGGAAGGUAGUGGUGGUCCUGCUUACAAUGGCAUGUAAAUUAAGUACUGCCACUAUAAGGUAAAUUUUAUUUUUAAUGCCUCUUCUGUUUAAAGUUGUCUGAAAGUUUGGCUGUGCCCUUAAAUGGGACUGUGCACUUUGAGAUUGUGACCAGUAAUUUGUGUCUUCCAAGUCAUUGUGUAAAAUGUGAGACAUGUAUUUAGAAGUAUUUUAUAUUUUAUUGAUGUGCGAAACUUUUUGUAUACAUGUUUUUCUUUGGACUUUGUAAAUCACUUAAUUGAAUGUCAAGAGUCAUGAAAACGGAUGUUUAAAAUGUUGUAUUCAUCACAUGCUGUUAUUUAUACGCUUGUUAUUUUAUUUUAUGUUGUUUUUAGUUCAUUGUUGGUUUUCUAUGUAAUUUGUCCCUGUUUAUGCAACGUACCUGUUCAGCCUGCAUCCAAGGUUGUUUGUUUUGUAAUGCAAUACUGUGCAGUGAUUUGAGAUUAUAUUUGUGGCUUGAGUUCUAAAACCACAAUCUACUCAACCAUGUAAAAUCAAACAACUUAACUGUAAGAUCUUGCUAUGAAUUCUUGUGGAAUUGUUAAGUCCAUCAUUUUUGCUUGAUUAGUUUAGAUGUUUUUUACUUUUGAUUUUUGAACCAACUGAAGUUGUCAUAUGUCUGUCAAUCCAUCUUAUAUUUUGUUGUACUUCAAAAUAAUUUGCAAAUUUUUAUGCACCAACUAAGACCCUAUUUGAUAUACCAUGCACAUUUCAUAGACUGAUGUUAUUUACUAAAUGUUUCUGUAUCAAAAUGAGAUAUAAAUUAAAGAUUUUAUUUUACAAAAGAAA